AUGGGAGUCAUGCUGACGCUUUCCUAUUUGCAUAUGUGGACUGCCCUAUGCAUCUGUGCGCCUCCGACCCUGUAUGGUGGCUACCGGCACUACAGGAAGCGCACAAAGAUCCCCGCCAUCCUCAGGCUGAAGGGGGACUCCAGUGACUGGUCAAAGCACCCCGAAGAGUUCUUCGACAUCAACACCCCGGAUGCGAUCGCGCGCCGGAGGAAGGCGGCUGAAGAGACCAUCGAGUCUGUCAAUGCUGGAGCCGCGCAGAAGUUCAACGAGUAUGCUACGCGACCAAAGUUGGGCUUCGCGUUCUGCAGAACCCUCUGA